CUGAUGGAGAAAGGCGUCCAAAGGAUGGAGAGGCACCCUUCCGACGGGACUAAGAUCAGGUGUCUGCCGCCGAAGUCAGGUCACGGCGGGAAGUACACGUGGGAGGGGGCAGCUCGGAUGGAGGAUUACAAGAUGCAGCCGGAUCCGUCGGUGAUGGACGAAGGCGAUCUUAAUUACGAUGAGGAGAAUAUCGGGGGUGGUGGUGGUGAUGACAUGGCGGUGGAGGUUGGGAAAGGUGAGGUUGAGGUGGCGAAGGAGGCGCCGGGAGGUGUGGCUAGGGCGGAGGUUGAUCCUCGCUUGAUCAGUCUUCCUUGAGUUGCUAGGACAAGGGAGAAAGUGUUGGGGCGAAUUUGAGAAGGGAGUGAAACUUUGGGGGUUUGAUUUUUAAUUUGAGUUUGUGACAUUUUAACAUCAUACCCCAAACUAAACAGAAAAAUAUCUCUCAGAGAUCGCAGAAGAAGAAAACAAAAUCAUGAUCGACCUCGGAGAAGAAGAAGAGAAUAAUCAAUGGCGGAUGCUUCCAAUGGGAGUGAGUAUUUCGACCUCGACGUCGAGACGGGAAGAAAAUCGUUCGCGCGGCCGUUGAAUGCUGAGACAGUGGAGCAGGAUGAAGAAGAUCUGAGAUGGGCUGCGAUCGGACGGUUACUGUCGCAGAGACAAGGGAGCCAUUUAGCGACUCUGCGUCGGUCGCAAACUUCUGGUUACGCAGACGGGAACGUCGUGCAGACGAUUGACGUAAGGAAGCUUGAUCGUUCGGAUCGUGAGAUGGUUGUUCGUCAAGCUCUUGCCACUAGCGAUCAGGAUAAUUACAAGCUUCUCUCCGCUAUCAAGAAACGGCUCAAUAGCGUGUUUUAAGCAGUUUGAGAAUGAUGAAGACUAGAAAACACAAGCUAACCAUAUGAGUCAUAUAGCUGACUCACACAAGAAUGGAAGUUGGAACCAUGAAAAAUGAUGGGUUUGAGGACUGUUUUGCUUUCACUCUAAUAUUUUUGUCUUUCAUCAAACAUACUUUUAUAUGUUCUAGGUUUUCUACCUUAUCAUGUACAAAGUUGUUUUGACUUUAUUUGUUCCAGGUUCACUCAUUAAAAUGGAUUUAGUCCUCCUUCACAUCUUGGUUGUUAUACUGCUGGAUCUGCUCCAAGUGCUCCCGUCGCUGAGAAUCAAUCCUCUCCUCGAAGACAUUAUGGCUGAUGAAAUGCCAGCAUUCCCAAGAUAACUUUUUUAUCUCCAGGUGGCUUUAUAUAAAUGAUUGCAAACAAGUAAAUAAUUUAAUUUAUAAGCUGUAAUAGUUAAUUAGAAAUAGGUUUGUUACUUCAUUGUCACUGGAUAAAUUUGAUAGGCAAAAAGAAGUGUCCACCCCCACAGCCCCACUAACUAAAAUUUAAAUUCGUAUAAAUGAAAAAAACAACCAUGGAAAAUAUGUAUUCAUGGUAAAGUUAAUUAUUUUCUA